AUGCCGGUAACUGAGUUUGAUUUCGAAGCUUUGAAGGCAUACAUAACCUCGUCCAAAGAUGAGACUUUACGUGACAUAGCUGUCAAGCAACAGAAGAAGUACGUUGGGUCAUCUUCGAGUAUGACUUCGGUUCUCUCGCAUUUCCAUUACCUUCUUUCGAGCUGGCGACCUGUCAAUGUGAGCAGCGUAUCUCAAGGCUUCUCCGAGAAGUUGCGUUCUUUCACACGCCUUCUCCGCUCGCCUGCGGCCAUGUUCCUUCGGUACCAGGAUGGGGUGUACGCCAUCGACGCGGACAAGGAGUUUGAUAACGCCAAUAUCCUUAUGAACCUCGGAAAAUCAAUGGAGAAGCUCCUCACCUUGCCGAAAGAUGAUUUUGAGCGGUAUCGCCGAUCGCACGAAAACAAGAUCACGCCGGAAGAAGAGGAGGCCGUACCUGAGUCCUACCAUUUCACCACCUAUGGCGAUUUCAUCAUGCGGUCCCAGCUGGAUGCCUAUGAUCCCCGUCUGCCGGGUACUGGAAUGUUCGAUUUGAAAACGCGUGCCGUUGUCUCGAUUCGAAUGGAUGCAAAGAACUUUGAGCACGGUCUAGGAUACGAGAUCAAGGGUCGAUUCGGUGACUUUGAGUCCUUUGAGCGGGAAUACUUCGACAUGAUCCGCGCCGCGUUCCUGAAGUAUUCUCUGCAGGUGCGCGUCGGCCGCAUGGAUGGGAUAUUUGUCGCUUUCCACAACGUCGAGCGCAUCUUCGGAUUUCAGUAUAUUAGUCUUGCGGAGAUGGACGAAGCCCUGCACGGACAGAGCGACACUGCGCUGGGAGAUGAAGAGUUCAAGCUGAGCUUGGGACUGUGGAAUAAAAUCCUCGACAAGGCCACUGCCCGGUUCCCCAAGCAAUCGCUGCGCUUCCAUUUUGAAACAAGAGACGCAACCUCUCCAUUUAUGUACAUUUUUGCCGAGCCCGUCACGGACGAGGAGAUCGACGCCAUCCAGACGAAGAAUCAAGCCGAAAUCGAGGCAUACCAGAAGCGUCUUCUCCAUCCCGAACCAAAAGACGAUAUAAACGAGGACCUCGAUGCCGCAGCAAAGAUAGAAGAACCAUCGCCCUCUACGCCCUCAGAAGACUCUCAAACCCUCUCCUCAGAUCCUAACACGCCCGAGUCUCCCUCCUCAGAGGCCACAUCAGCCCCGAUAUACGACUCGGACGCUCCUCCGGACCCAUCCUUCACCGAAGACCUCGAAAAGGGCGGGCAAGAAACCGAGCUCCUCGGAAUGGUGCUCUCGGUCAAAAACAGGGUGAACAGAAAACCAGUCGACCGUCCCACCAACUUCAAGGCCGGCGACGAAUGGGCCGUCGACUACGAGCUGAACGAACUGGAGCCUUAUCGAGCGCGCAGCCUGUACGAAAUGUGCCAGCGCCGCCGCCGCGCUGUUCUCGAUGACCGUGGCGAGGAUGAGAUUGGCGUCGCGGCCAAUGCUUAUAUUCGGCAGUUGCGCGAAGUCGCUAAGCAAGGUCGUAGCCAUCGCGAGAAGGAGAAUCAGCUUGAUGAGAAGCACGGGGUUGUUGUGUUUAAUGAACCGGUUAACUAA